CUCGAGCACUCAGAACAACCGCAGUAUUCCUUCACCGCCUCGUCAAAUCAAGACACCAAACUCUCUACCGAGUGAUCGACCAUGGCGCAAUCCUAAGAAGAUGGCGACCGAAUACGCGAACCGCAGACGCCUCGACCUGCGACACGGUGAUUCCCAUUUCAUUCCCUUACACUGUUCCAUCCGUUUUCGAACCACAAUCCAGAGCAACCCACAGAGCCAGCCAUGGCCGACGCAUCUAUCCCAACGCCGACCCAGGAGGAGUCAAAGGUGUCGCCGGCGGAAUUGAAGAAGCGAGCCAAGGCCGAGAAGCAAGCACGGAGGGCGGCGCAAAAGGAGCAGCAAGGCGUGGUGGUGAAUGGGGAUAACCUGGCGGCCCAGGCAACAGAAGCUGCGCCGUCCACACCUUCACAACUUCCCAAGGUAGAUCGACCGCCGAAGGCACAGCAGCAGCAGCAAAAGCAGCCCAAACCCAGCAGCUCCUCUCAGCCACAAGCAAUGCCGGUGCGCCAACGACCAUCUCAAAGUGGUGCGCCGAAGCCCAUUCUCAAAAAAGACGCCCCCAAGGAAGACCACAAGCAAGUGGAGCUGUUCAGCCAUCUCUACACCCAAUCCCGGCAUCACACCUUUGACGGCGUUUCGAAGGAUGUUCAUCCCGCCGUCCUCGCCCUCGGCUUUCAAAUCAGCAGCUACGAAAUCUGCGGCAGUAGUGCACGCUGCGUGGCAAUGCUGCUGGCAUUCAAGGAAGCCAUCCAGGCCUACACCACCCCCACUGGCACCUCUCUCGCGCGACAUCUCACCCAGCAUUACCUCUCCCCUCAGAUCGACUUUCUCAAAACAUGUCGUCCCAUUUCUGAAUCAAUGGGCAACGCGAUUCGCUGGCUCAAGAAGCUCAUUGUCGAAAUCGACCCGAAUACGCCGGAGCAGGAAGCGAAGGAUGACCUAUGUGAAUUGAUUGAUGCCUUCAUCAGAGAGCGCAUCAUCGUUACCGAUCAAGCUAUUGCUGCUUCGGCCAGCCGUCAAAUUAGAGAUGGGUCGGUGGUGCUCACAUUUGCGAAGAGCUCGAUUGUCGAAAAGACGAUUCUUCAGGCGCACGCAAAUGGUGUGAGCUUUCGAGUGGUGGUUGUGGAUUCGCGGCCACUGUUUGAAGCGAAGAGCCUCGCCACCUCUCUGAUGCACGCCGGGUUGGAAGUGGAGUAUCUCCCCUUCUCCGCCAUCUCCCACGCUGUGAAGCAGGCCACCCUGGUCUUGUUGGGGGCUCAUUCCAUGCUCGGAAACGGCAGGCUGAUGUCUCGCAUCGGCACAGCAGGCAUCGCGAUGCAGGCGGCCAAAGCGGACAUUCCGGUGAUUGUGUGUUGCGAAUCGGUCAAGUUCAGUGGAAAGGUUGCGCUGGAUAGCAUUGUCCUGAACGAAGUGGCGCCUGCUGAAGAACUGCUGCUACGGCAAGUCGCCAAGCAGAGUGAUAUUCCCGAAGAGGACGGCAGCAAGGGCAAACCCUCGGAUGACGCGAAGAGCGAAGCGACAAAGGUCAAGACGAUGGCGGAUUGGAAGGAUAUCACCAAUCUGCAGGUUCUCAAUCUGAUGUACGAUGUGACGCCGGCCGAGUAUAUUCGCAUGGUCAUCUGCGAGUACGGCAGUCUCCCGCCCAGCUCGGUGCCGGUGGUGCAUCGGUUGGCGAACGAGGGCAUGUAACGGUGGGGUAUUCACGAUAGUUCAAUACAGCA